UGUGGCUGUGCGGGGGCAGCAUGGAGGUGCUGCCCUGCUCGAGGGUGGCCCACAUCGAGCGCAAGAAGAAGCCCUACAACAACAACAUCGGGUUCUACACCAAGCGCAAUGCCCUGCGCGUCGCCGAGGUCUGGAUGGACGAUUACAAAUCGCACGUCUACAUCGCGUGGAACCUGCCGCUGGAGAAUCCAGGUAUUGACAUUGGCGAUGUCUCCGAGAGAAAAGCAUUAAGGAAGAGCUUAAAGUGCAAAAAUUUCCAGUGGUAUCUGGACCAUGUUUAUCCAGAAAUGAGAAGAUACAACAACACCAUUGCUUAUGGCGAGCUUCGAAACAACAAGGCGAAAGACGUGUGUCUUGACCAGGGCCCCCAAGAGAACCACACAGCGAUCCUGUAUCCAUGCCACGGCUGGGGACCUCAGCUUGCACGUUACACCAAGGAGGGGUUCCUUCAUCUGGGAGCCCUCGGGACCACGACUCUUCUACCCGAUACCCGCUGCCUGGUGGAUAAUGUGAAAAGUCGUUUCCCUCAGCUCCUCGAUUGCGACAAGGUCAAGAGCAGCCUCCAUAAGCGCUGGAAUUUCAUACAGAAUGGUGCCAUCUUGAACAAGGGGACGGGACGCUGCUUGGAAGUGGAGAACAGAGGAAUGGCCGGCAUCGAUCUGAUUCUUCGUAGCUGCACAGGACAAAGGUGGACAAUUAAAAAUUUCAUCAAGUAAAAAGAGGAAGAAUCAGGAGAGCUUCUCUUUGAAACACAGCUGACUUGGACUGCUGAGAAUGGACUCCUCUGGAAAGGAAGAAAUAUCAAAACAGAGCUUUAUUCAUGUUAUUAGGAGAGGACAUGGGGAAAAUGGGCAUUUGUGUCUUUUUAGUUUUACUGUCUCCCACAGCUGAUUCCGACUGAGUGAAAUUGGGUCAGAACUGCUAUUUUCUUCUAGCAAGUGCUCUAAAAGGUGUUGUUUUUUUCCACUGGAAUGACUGUCAUAAGCUUGUGCAGUCU